ACCGACGUCACUUCCACUUUCUGGAUCGCCCCAACCUCUCAGAGUAAUGGCGGCGUGCCGGGGGUCUUCGUCGAAAUGGUAUUUUACCCGGGAGCAACUCGAAAACACGCCGUCCCGCCGAUGUGGAGUCGAACCAGACCGGGAACUCUCCUACCGACAACAAGCGGCGAACCUGAUCCAAGACAUGGGUCAGAGGCUCAAUGUCUCCCAAUUAACAAUAAAUACAGCAAUUGUUUACAUGCAUAGAUUUUAUAUGCACCACUCUUUCACCAAAUUCCAUAGGAAUAUAAUAUCUCCUACCACCUUAUUCUUGGCUGCAAAAGUGGAAGAGCAACCCCGGAAACUCGAGCAUGUGAUCAAAGUUGCACAUGCUUGCCUAAAUCCGCAAGAAUCGCCUCUAGACACAAAAAGUAACGCAUACCUCCAGCAAGCUCAAGAGCUGGUGAUACUUGAAUCCAUAGUGCUGCAGACCCUGGGCUUUGAAAUUACUAUUGAUCACCCACACACUGAUGUGGUGAAAUGUUCCCAGCUAGUGCGAGCAAGCAAGGAUCUGGCACAGACUUCCUAUUUCAUGGCUACCAACAGCCUACACCUCACUACCUUCUGCCUCCAGUACAAACCCACAGUGAUUGCCUGUGUGUGCAUCCACCUGGCAUGCAAGUGGUCCAACUGGGAGAUUCCAGUUUCUACUGAUGGAAAACACUGGUGGGAGUAUGUGGACAACUCUGUCACUCUAGAGCUGCUUGAUGAGUUGACCCAUGAGUUUCUGCAGAUUUUGGAAAAGACGCCCAGUCGGUUAAAGAGGAUACGCAACUGGAGGGCAACACAAGCUGCCAAAAAGCCCAAGAGUGAAAACACCCAGUUGGCGGACAACUCAUUUGCUGGGCCUUCAGUGCUCCAGGAUCAAGGUGAUGCACUGCUUCCUGGAGUUUCCUCGUCCAACCCAAGUUUUUCCAAAGCAGGCGCUGCCUUCCCUGUACCCCUGCCUGGCCAAACCAGAGGAGCAGCCCUGUCUCUGGACAGCAUGGCUACUGCGUUCAAUCCGGGUAGCCACAGUGAAUGGCCUCAGAGCAGCCAGAGCCAAGCAGGGUACCCUUCCACCUGUAUAAAACAGGAACCCCUAAACAUCCCUCUCCAAGAGCCACUCUCCUUGGACACCUCCACUUCCUCUUUGCUUCAGCAUCCACUGGUUUACAGGACUGACAAAACAAUAGACUUCCACCCUGUCAAACAAGAACAAAAAGGAGCUGGUGGGAGUGGAGUGAGCAAACUUCAGCCGCUGUCUCAGUCUGCUUACCCUCCGCCAGCUCAGCCUCAUCCACCACAACCCUCUCCAGCCCAGAAGCUGUCUUUGGAUAAAUACAGAGAGAAACAUACAGCAGAGCUGGCUGUCUCUGGGUCAAAACGCAAGCAGGAGCAACAUGGAGGACUAAUGGAUUGCGAUGUGAGGGGGGAUUUGUUGUCUUCUACAUAUGCACCAUCCACUACAAACCAAGUAGACCAUAAAAAGCAUUCACAGCCCCACCAAUCAUACCAUGGUUUCGGUGGCAGCAACACUGCCUCGCCAGUGAAAAUGAAAGGUCCUUCCUCUUCAUCAUCGGGCCAAGACAGACGGCACCAUAGUGACAAACGGGACAAAGGCUCGCUUAAACUCCGCCUGGUUGUUCCUGGGACCAGCAGCGCUUCCCAACUUGACAAAAGUGGGCAACCAAGCAAAGAUGAGCUAAAGAUGAAGAUAAAAGUUUCAUCAUCGGAGCGCCACAGCUCAUCCGACGAAGGCAUGGCUGCCAACAACAACAAGAGUAAACAUUCCAGCCCGUUGGUGAGCAAGGAGAAACAUCGCGGAGCGGAGCACAACCUUCACCGUCACCACAAGCACAGUCAUCCCCACACACACAGUGGCAACGGACGAGGAGGCCCAGAAGGCCCCGGCGGUGCUGUAGGCCUGCUACGUGGUCCUCCAGGACAGGUCAGCAUGGACGGGACAACACUCGGUCCUCCCGGGUCCACCUCUUCGUCCUCAUCACGCAAGAGGGUGCACGACGCUGGCCACAACCACCACUCUUCAUCCUCCACUUCUUGCUCCAAAGUGAGCAAAAUCUCCAAGGGUGGCUCUGGUGCUGCAGGUACUUCAUCUUUUUCUUCCCCCUUUUCCCCUCCUUGCUCCUCUCCUGUACUGCAGUUUGUCUCAACUGGCUUGCAGCUCUAUGGCUAACCUCCCUCCCACCCUCCUCCUUCUCUUUCUCCGUAUUCUUGUUUCUCCACCUCCCCUCCUGUCAUACCCAGGUGGGCUGCGGACCUCUCAGCAGUACCCUCCUAGUGAAUCGCCACAUGAAGUGGGAGAGCAGAGACACUGAGUCCAUCACUCUACAGCCAUGGCCAGCACAUGGAAAUGGCAUCAAACCACCCACAGCUCAGACUUUGAAGACUAUGCUCACCUCCUUGUUAAGUGCCCUAGGAAAAUAACACUUUAUGUGACGAUAAACCCUUUAUUCAAAGGCAGAAAAUAUAUCUGCCAAAAAAAGAUUUAUUGUUUGACAUCUCAGUUUCUGAGAGGUAAGAGAGAAAGAUGAAAAUUAUGCUUCCUGACUGUCACGAUGACUGACACAUCUGGGCUGUGAUUCUAAGCCCUGUUUUUCUGUUAGUGUGUCUAAUUGCUGCUUGGCUAUCCUUCCUCCUUAAAUGGGUCUAGGACUGUGCAAAGGUGUGUGUGUGUGUGUGUGUGAGUGAGAGAGAGAGAGAUUAGAAUGGAUUGAGUGUGUAUUUCCUUUAAGAGUAAAUUUCCCAUCCCAAUAUGUCAGAUCUCCAUAUGGGAAAACACAAGUAUUACAAGUACUAUAAAAAAAACGUUGAAGGUGCACUUUCUUCAUUUUCUUUUUUUUUUAUUUUACCAUAAUUUAAUUGAAUCACAUUUCUGCAGUUAUAUGGAGGAAGAUAUUAGCCAGCUGAAGAUUAGUUCAGUUUAUGUUUGCUGGUAUUCCAUUUAAUACUGUUGAUGGAUGCAAACAUUUUUUAGGUUUAAAAUUUCAUCUCCUCAGUUACUUGUCCUGGUUUCCUUUUAUACUUAAGUACUGUGCGUAUUAUUUGCAUGUUUCAAUCAUCAAAGGGAUUUAAAAGGAGAGCGAUUACUUGCUGUUUACAGAAAAUGGAGAUAAAUGUACAUACGUUUUUGUAUGUUUAAAGAAAAAGCUAUACCAUGACUACUCAGGUUUGGAGCUGCUUGUAAGUAUAACAAGAUAAAUAUAAUACCUACGAAAGAGUUUUAUUUUGUUGAUCAGUUGAUUGGACAUCAUCCAGUGAAUGACUGCAGCCAGUGGUGUGUGCUUCUUACAGCCCUGCUGAACAUGGUGAUGUGCUGCAGGUUUCCAUCACAGGAAAUGUCAGUUGAUCGCCUCAGCACCUGGCACAUCCAACACGUAUCACAUAAGAGCGAUGCAAUUUGUACCAAAAGAUAUUUUUUUGGACCUACAAGUAGACCUUAAGCUGGAUGCCAAAGGUUGUGCCUCAAAGAGAAAAAAAAACAACUGACAUGGACAGUAGUAGUGUGCUAUUACAGUUUACAUAGCCCUUUUUAUUUUGAAGUGCAUCAGACAUUUCAUGACAUGAAGCUGUAGACCUUUAGAUGUCAGCCCAUAACUUGUUAAGUGUUAAUCAUUAACAGGGUACUAUAAAUAAAUUAAAAAGAAAAACUUUGCCUCAUUUCUGUCCUGUCAAGUGUUGUUAGAGCAGCGAUUUGGCCAUAUGCAAGAUGACGCCCUGAAACCUCAAGUAUCUGCAAUGUAUUCAUGCUUGAUAGGUUUGUGUGUCACUGACUUCAUCAUGCAAUUGGUUGAGUUUACAUUUACAGUCCUGUGCCUGUCCAGACGCAACUUUACUAUUAGAUUCGAAACAUUAAACUGUCAUGUUCCAAUAUCUUGAUAUAACCUGUCCCCUUCUCUUGUUGACUGGAUUUCUCAUCGAUUUUAGAGUGUGCAUAAUGCCUAAUAACGGCGGAGGCCGGAUGUCCAUAUCUUGAAUAAGAAGGUUGGCACAAAAAAAAAAACAUAAGCCACUCUUCAUGUCCUUUCCCCCCAUUUUUAAUUUCCAUAUAUCAAUAAACAUCAAAGUUGCCACUAUCUUGA